AUGGGAUACUUGGGAGUGGCAGCGCACGCCAAUAUCGCCGACGCACAAUAUAUGCUGGGCUCGCUGUUGCUGAACGAAGACGAAGAAGAGGAGAAGGACCAGGCACAGCGCAAGAACAAGGAACUCAUUCGUGAUGCUGAGGCCAGUCGUCAACGCUCUCAACGCGCGGAUGAUGCUCAGAACAUCAAGGAAAUCCGGAAGGAGGCUCGUGCUGCCUACAAACAGUAUCUGCUGGAACAGAGGCGCAAGAAACAGAUCAAGACUGAGCGUUUAGCUGGUGCCGCCUCGGUGGUGCAGCAUGCUACGACAGGAGAGCUGGACCGUGCGUUUGGUAAGACUGUGGAGCUCCUACUGGACCCAAAUUCGAAACUCGAACCGCUGCUUGAGAAUGGCGACGAAGACUACGCGGAUAUUACCAAGACGCACUUGGAUACCACAAUUGCAGUGGAAUGGCUGCGUCGUGCAGCUGACAACAGUAGCCGCGAUGCACACGUGCAGCUUGGUAACUUGUGUCUGAGCCACGACCCGCCUAUGGCUCUGCAGGCCAGCGCCUGGUUUACCCGAGUGACGAGGGAUGAAAACCCACACCCGGAUGCACUGUAUAACCUCGGAGUGAUGUUAUUUGAAGGGAUUCAGCAUGCAGAGCCUCCGUUCCCAGGAAACAAGGGCGCGUCGAUUCCAUUCUUCACGCGUGCUGCAGAGGUGGGCGACGUGUCGGCGCAGUUUUUCAUGGGAAUGCUACUGCACCAGGGCGACAAGGAAUUGGAGAUCGAGCCAAACUUCAGAAGCGGACUUAUGCUCAUUGAGAUGGCAGCCAGCAAGGGCCACCCGGCUGCUUUGUACUACCUAGCGCAGCUGUACCGCUCCGGAGAUGAAGCCAAUAAUUUCCCUGCAGACAGUGCCAAAUUCCUUGAGCACCUGGACAAAGCCAUGGAGGCUGGCGACGCAGACGCUUUCUUCUGUAUGGCAGACAUGUACUUCCACGGCAGUGACGGUUUCGACCAAGACUACGAGCAGGCUCACGGAUUCUACAUGGUGGCUGCAGAGCAGGGACACGCCGACGCAUUCUGUUGUCUCGGUGCUCUUUAUUAUAACGGCAACGGUAGUAAGCAGGACUUUAAGAAGGCGUUUUUGUACUACCAGGAGGCUGCGGACCGAGACUCCAUGGAGGCCUGGAAGAACCUCGCUGAAAUGUACAUGGUUGGUCGUGGCGUGCCUCGCAACGAGGCCACAGCUACCGCGAUCAUCAAGAUGCUCAAAAAGACGCUAAUUGCUCGGAACUUGGUAUACCACGUCGACCCUGGAGCGGAGCAAGUGCUGUAUUUAAAGGGCUUUAACUAUGACGGUGCAAAGUUGUCGUACACGAUCACGUCGCUCCCGCUCAACGGAGAAAUCUACCAGCUCUCGGACAUCUACAGUGAAUACGGCUAUGAGCCAAAGCGUGCGGCAUCACCGAUAACAACAAUACCCACGACAGUCACGGGCUCGAACAACCGGGUUGUGUUUCUACGUCCACCUUUCGGAGGUCCUCGAAGAGACAAUAAGUACGCAGAGUUUCGCUUCACUGUCACGGAUGGGGUGACUAAGUCGAACGAGGGAAUCGUCGUAAUUACCACGAGUGAUGCGCUAGUGUCAAGCACGUUCGACCUGGACAUCGACAAAUGGGGAAUUGUAUCGAAUGGAGCUGGUGCCGAUUCACUACCGCAUUUCCAGCCCAUUUCGCGUGGUGUACAGCUGAGUUACUACAUCUACGGUCUCGAUGCUGUCAUCCACCGUCGUGAGGACACCGGUGACGAUUCCAUGCUUUGGUACUUCACUGCCCCGCCUAAGUUUCUCGGUAACCACUGGUCGGCGUACGGUGGUUCACUAGAUUUUGUGCUCUCAUCGGCAGAGGGCAGUUUUGAUGCCGCCAACUUGAACCUUGCGGGAAUGGGCCAUCUUGUCGAGUUGGAGUGUGCGACUUGCGCCCAAUUCACAGGAAUAACGCUGGCCAUGCCACUAAGUCCAGUGUUUUCGUACGAUGGAACCAUCACACAGUUUCAGUUGCCUCUGAACGAGCUUGCUGGGUGGGUUAAAGACCCAAAGAACAUCCUUUUGCGUUGGUCACCACCUACACAGUGUGAGUUAGUGAGCGUUCUUUCAGGACUCUCGGCCCUGAGGAUUUUAGGAGAUUUCACGCGAGGCUACGAAAGCGUCGCGCUAGACUCAGUCGCUCUACGACACGGACCGGGGCAGCCCGUGAAAUGCUACACCUCAACAGUUUAA